AUGAGUCAUUGCUGCAGCAGGUACUUUGUGAACAACCCUCACCGUCUGACGCUGCGGCUGAAGGCAAGCAGAGAGAUAGCUGCGGAGACAGCAGCAGAAGAGAGACAGGCGCUCGAUGCAGCAGCAAAAGAAAUGGGCCCAGAGGGGAUUGCUGCUGUUGCACUGCAGCAGGAAGAACUCAAACGCCUACAGACAAGCCCCACACCCCCUGAAGCCCUCGCAACCCUCCCCAGGCUCGAGAGAGCAGACAUCAACCCCGUAAUUCUCCGGUCAACGCAGAGAGAAACAGACUCGAAUACGAAAACAAAGCGAGGGGGAGGAGAUUCCUGUGUCUGUGUCUUGGUUGUGGGGUGA